AUGGAUGAAUGCAUUGAUGGAACCGACAGCUGCAGCUUGCGCGCCACCUGCACCAACCUCGUCGGCUCGUUCGCCUGCGACUGUCUCGUCGGCUACAGCGGCGACGGCAUCACGUGCAGCGACGUCAACGAGUGCGCCACCGCCGCCGACGAGUGCCACGAGAGGGCGCUGUGCACGAAUACGGUCGGCGGCUUCGACUGCGCAUGUGAGGAGGGCUACGCCGGGGAUGGCAUCGACAGAUGUUUGGACGUCGACGAGUGCGCGAACGACGCCGACAACAGUUGCCAUGACAACGCGAUGUGCAGCAAUACGGAUGGUUCGUACGCGUGUGAAUGCAUAGACGGCUAUGAGGGAGACGGGACCGCCAACUGCGCAGAUUUGGACGAGUGCUCGAGGCGAGCCGACAACUGUCACAGUCGCGCGCGAUGCACCAACGACGUCGGCAGCUUCCUAUGCACGUGCGACGACGGAUGGCGAGGCGACGGCGUACGGGAAUGUAUCGAUUAUGACGAGUGUGCUCAGAAUCGAGACAGCUGCUCCAGGGACGCCGAUUGUGAGAACACGGACGGCAGCUUCGCCUGCUUAUGUCUCGAAGGCUUCACCGGCGACGGUCUAGUCUGCGACGACGUGAAUGAAUGUAUCGACGGAUCGAACACGUGCCAUAAGAACGCCGUCUGCGCUAACUCGGUCGGCGGAUACGACUGCGAGUGUGUCGUCGGCUACGCUGGCGACGGCAUCGACUGCAUAGACAUCAACGAGUGUGAGUUGAACGCGCACGACUGCCCCGACAACGCAGUCUGCAUCAACACCGACGGUUCAUUCGGCUGCGCAUGCGCAGACGGAUACGAAGGCGACGGCCGGAGCUGCAGCGACGUGAACGAAUGCGACAACAUCGUCUGCGCGAUAGAGACUGCUCACUGCGUCAACACCGACGGCGCGUUCGAGUGCGUCUGUGAUGCUGGCUACCGUGACGCCAAGGAGGACUGCGUCGAUAUCAACGAGUGUGAGGAGCUAGCUCAGCCCUGCUCCGACAACGAAGACUGCAUCAACGCGCCCGGAAGUUACGAGUGCGUAUGCAGCGCCGGAUACACGAAAGAUGGCGACACCUGCGUCGACGUGGACGAGUGUGCGGAGAACAGUGACGACUGCGACGACAACGCCGACUGCACGAACACGGUCGGCAGCUACACGUGCACGUGCAUACUCGGUUACUCCGGCGACGGCAGGACCUGCACAAACGAUAACGAGUGCAUACAGAACGUCGACAACUGCGACAACAGCGCUUUCUGUACGGACACGGAUGGCUCGUUCACCUGCACCUGUGAGACGGGAUUCACCGGCAACGGUGUUACCUGUAGAGGCGAGGUUACUGUUUGUAUUUAA